CGCCUUCAACCCGAACUCAUCGGUAUUGGGUGCCAGAAGUGCGGUACCACGAGCCUGUUCUACUACCUGCAGCAACUGCCAUGGGUUGUACACACGUGGCGGAAGGAGCAGCACUUCUUUGAUCGAGGCACAACCGUCUCCAUCGACAUCAACUCACGGUACCAACAAGCCAAGAUUCUCAAACAGUACAAGCACUACCUUCGCCGCUGGCCAAACGUCACAGAGGCAACAACAUGCACGCUGGAGCAGUGUCACGUCAACACCACGCUCUCCAACCGCACGGCGGUGGACAUCAGCCCCAUGUACCUCUCCGACCGGCGCAGCCCUUGGAGCCUACAUGAAGUGCUGCCGCACGCAGCGCAGGUGAAGCUGGUGCUGCAGAUUCGCGACCCUGUCACGAGAACUCUGUCCGGGUUCCGUCAGGGCAGCCCAGGCGACACGGUGGACGAGUUUGCGGCCGUGACAUCAACAGAGCUGCACCUUCUGCACCACUGCUACAACAGCAGCCUUCAGCUUGCCCAUCCCAGCCCAAAGACGACAGGCGACAGCAGCAACCCGUUUGGCAUCACCUGCAACACCGGCCAUCACCAGUACGCGGCCCUCUACCGUUGUGUGAGCGCACUUGCCGAGUCUGCUGACGGAAAGGCGCUCACACAGGACAGGCCUUGGUUCCAGCACUUCACGCGCAAGGGAAAUAAGGAGUUGCUGCAGCAGCACGUCAGCCUCAAGCUCCUCAAGAAGUACGAGGGGCACGUGCACCGUAGCAUCUAUGUGGACCAGCUCAUCAACUUCCUGUGCGCGGGCUUUCGCCCAGACCAGUUUAUCGUCGUCACCACGACCGAGCUCAAGGCAGACGCUGAAGGCGUGCUGCACAGGAUAGCCACGGCGCUCGACAGGCCAUCGCAGCUUGCCGCGCAAGCACGCAAACGUGUUCUGAGUGGCAUUCACGCCAACAUGCACAGACACUCCCACACCAUGCCUGACGCCAUGGAACGAGAGCUGCAGGAGUUCUUCCAACCAUACAACCAGCGGCUGUUGGAUGUGUUGGAUUUCUACGGCUUUGUCUUCAACAGAACCGCGAUGAUCCACGAGCUCAACCUGCAACAAUAAGCAAACUUUCACGUGCGUGCAUGUGUCAGUGCACAUGUGUGUCUGUGCGUGCGUGCAUGUUUUGUACGUGUGUGCGUAUAUGUCUCAAUGUGAGCGUGCGCGUGUUCGUGCAUGCAUGUGUGUGUGUAAAUGUGUGUGUGUGUGCGUGCGUGCGUGUGUGUGUAAAUGUGUGCGCGUGCGUGCGCGUGUUCGUGCGUGCGUGUGUGUGUGUGUCUGCUUGUUCCCGCCCAGUCGUGAUACGUGGUG